CUGCUCAGUUUAAAGCUUGAGCUUACUAAUCCAAGUCAAGAAGGACGAGCAGGACGCUGCAGACUUCUGCAACAAGAAAUCAGGAUACUUAAAACAAGUACUUCAACAGUUUAGGACAACGGCAGCAAUGAAGACAACACUGGCAACUCUGACACUCUGCCUGGUGGCGCUCAUGGCCACAGGUUUCCCUUUGGAGAGGAAAGGGGGCUCAUCCCCCGGUGGUGCUGCCAAGGAGAAGCGUGUACAGUACGCUGCGUGGGAUGAUGUGAAUGUCAUUGCCCACGGCCUGCUGCAGCUGGGCCAGGGGCUGAAGGAGCAUGUGGACAAAACCAAACUCCAGAUGAGGGACAUUUCCACCAAGCUGAAGAUCUACAACCGCACUGUGACAGAGCUGGGGAAGGAGAGCCAGAAGCUGCAUGUGGAAGGGGAGUCCCUGAAGGCUCGAGUCCACGGGCUGGAGGACAGAGAGGGGCAGCUGCUGAAUGUCACAGCCGAGCUGAGGGAGAAGGCAGAGGAGAUGCAGCAGGAGAGGAGAACGAUGAGCGAGAGGAUGAGCCGGCUGGAAGAGAGGGUGGACAGCAUGCUGCAGGGUGACGCUUUGCUGCUUGACACAAACGCCGGUGCCAAGAACAACAGUGAUGCACGCAACAUCCAGAUGAUGCUGGAGUCUCAGAACAAACGCAUUGACGAUCUGAUGGAGCGGAUCAGACUCCAGCAGGAGAAGCUUGACAAGCAGAAUGUGCGCAUCAGGACCCUACAGAGUCAGGUCCAACAGGCACGACAGAAACCAUCCCCGCAGAGCAGUGACACUGACAUGCAAAGUGGCGUCGCCGAGCAAAGCGACUCACCAGCCGAGAUGGCCUCAGACUGUCAUGAACUGUUCCUGAGAGGAAAGACCACCAGCGGGGUUUACACCAUCCAGCCAAUAAACGCAGAGCCCUUUAAAGUCUUCUGUGAGAUGACAACUGAUGGCGGAUGGACAGUGAUCCAAAGACGUCAAGACGGCUCAGUGGACUUUGACCAGCUAUGGCAGGCCUACGAAAAGGGCUUUGGAGGCCUCAAUGGUGAAUUCUGGUUGGGGUUGGAAAAGAUCCACUCCAUUGCUAAAGAUGGCGGCUACAUCCUCAACAUCAAGCUUGCUGACUGGAGUGGCGACAUAGCAUCUGUCCGCCUCCCCUUCAAUCUGGGCGGAGAGGAGACCAAGUACUCGCUCAAGAUUCAGAAGUCCGGCGCUUUCAGCCCCUUGGAGAGUUCCCUGGGGAUGGACGCCACCUCCAGCUUGCCUUUCUCCACCCGUGACCAAGACAACGACCGCAAAAAUGACACCAACUGCGCCAAGCACCUCUCUGGUGGCUGGUGGUUCAGUAACUGUGGGCGCUCCAACCUAAAUGGCAGAUACUUCCAGAGCCCUCCUCCCAAGCAGCGGCACCAGAGGAAGCAGAGCAUCUUCUGGAAGACCUGGAGGGGCCGCUACUACCCUCUGAAGUCCAGCAAGAUGAUGAUCGCCCCCGCUGUGAUCGUGAAGUCAUAAAGGAUAGAAAGAGACAGAGAGAGCCUGGUUAAUGAGGUAGAGGUUUCUGUUUUCCCUGGUUGUCCUUACACCAGAGCCUAGGCCCUCAAAAUAGAAGCAAAAAGAACUCACAUUUAAUGAGUUUCCACUGCUCUGUUCUCUGAGGGACAAGUAGAUUCCUCCCCUGCACCUAGAGCCACAGAUGGAAAAAGAGACACUAGUAAAACGUGCAGUGGAAAGUUUUUCCACAUGCUGUACCAUUGCAGUUGAUUCCCUCUGUUGGCACAAGGCAGAGGCCCCAAGCAGGAGAACAUAGAGGGCGAGUCCCAGCCUGUCCACUGUGCUGUAAGCCGCAAAGGAUUUCCAACAAGUAGAGACUCAUCACCAGACAAGAGGUGUCAAGUGUGGGUUGUUGUUGAGUUUGAAUGUGGUUAAGUGUCAGCUCAAAAACAUAUCAAGAUUGGCUCUUAUUUUGUAAAGGAUGCAUGUAAGAGUGAAAAGCAGGCUGAUAAAGCACGCCUUUUAAACCCAAUGUUGUGGACCAAAUAACGACUUCACUAAAACAAAGAGCCAUUUACGACAUGAGCAUGAUGAGAUUUGUGUUCAAAUGCAUUAUGUAAAGUUAGAAAUCACUGUAAACAAGGAUUACGACGCAGAAACUGUGUUAAGACUGAUGUUGACAAAGCAGUUUGUGGGGCACUGAAAACCAUUCCAGCCUUUUGUACAAUAUAUUUUCUGUCUGCAAUUCUUAAUCAAAUUAAGCAUAUUCUUCACUGACUUUAAUUUUUCUGUGGAGGUUUUUGACGACCUUAAGUCAUAUUGACUUAUUUUAAUACGAGAGGCAUGGUUUUGUACAUAGUGUAUGAAGGAAUGUCAUCUUUCUUUUCAGAAAUAUAUCUGUUACAGAUUUGUUGUGACAUUAUCUGUUGUCUUCGUGACCUGAGAGUUUGUUACUGUAGAUGUUCCCUUUCCUUAUUUAAAUGCUAAAGAAUCAAUAUAUAUAUAUAUUUCUGGUGCUGCCUGUUUGUAAUUUAUAUUGUCUUUGUUGUGUUUACCAGAUGUAAAAUUGUUUUUUUUAAAAGACUUUAACCAUUUUUGGGUCCACAGCGAGCCAAUAAAAAUGAUUUAAACUAA